AUUAAAGGAUUUAAAGGCAAUAUUAAUUGUUAACAAGCGUAGGGAGCCAGAGGCAGAGAAUCUCCUGCUGGUAAGAGAUAAAAGAAGGACACGAGAAACAUAUUUAUGUUAAUUUGGAAGAAAACAAAUAGUUUCUCUGUAGGAGUAAUUUAUUUUGAUGACGAUCCACAAACAUCAACACGAAGAGUAAAACACGAACAUGUCUUUUUUAGUUGUUUUCCUGUUAUCAGGAAUUUUAGCUAGCUGUUAGUAUGUACAGCUACAUAAAGAAGCGAAAAUGGUAUACGAUAGAGCUGCCGAGCGGUCGAAAGAGACCACUGAUGAUACGCAGUUAGACACAACUCGAGGCGGUGCAGUGAAGCUAAAACGAUUUGAAGAAGUCCUUAUAAAGAGUAAAUUAGGAACAUCCCGCCAUAAUGAACCGCUUCAAGCAGUGGUCAAGAACCAACUCAAUGACAUAGCCUUGGGUGAAGAAAAUAACAGUAUCUUGGAGAGAAACCGAGCAUUACUUCAAUAUAUUGCAACUUUAGCUAACUCUAAUGAUAAUCAAGAUCAGUUUAAUUACGAGUUUGUCGAGUCUUUGCUUAACGGAGGUGCAGAUGUGAACAUUGCUGACCAGUAUGGACAGUCAAUAUUCCACGAGGUUGCGAGAUCUUGGAAUGUGGACGUCGCAAAAUUCCUAUUAAAACGCGGUUGUGAUAUCAACAAACAAGACAGUUUUGGUCGCACACCACUUCAUGUAUCAGCCGCAGUUAAUCAUUCAAAGAUGACAGAAUUCCUGCUGGAGAAAAAAGCAAAUACUGACGCAAGAACAUUUGGAGAGAAGCAGGCUGCGAUACAUUACGCUGCGAAAAACGGAGCCGUCCAAUCUUUAAAAGUAUUACUCGGAUAUAACGUGAACAUCGAUUCCCUUGAUGCGAAACAAAAAACACCUCUUCAGCUCGCUGCAGAAUGGACUCGUGCGGGAACCGCUAAAAUUUUAAUCAACGAAGGAGCCUCUUCCUGUUCUCUGGAUUCAACCGGUUAUUCAGCACUUUGUGUCCUAAUCGAUCGCUUACCAAACCUCGCUCUUGAAGCGCUUGGUCAGUUACACAAACGGGACGUAAUCAGUAUGAAAGAUUAUUAUUACCUGCAACAUUUGGAAGCAUCACGACAAAAUGUUGAAACGAAGUCAACUAGAACAGCGCUUGAAACUGCCGUUGCGACAAGAAAAUACGAAGUGGUAACACACCCAGUUAUGCAAAAGCUCAUUUCCAACAAAUGGAUCCAAUAUGGCCGAAUGUCAACAAUAUAUGAUAUCUUAUUUCAUACAUUAUUUGGAAUUAUGUGGACAUCGGUUAGUCUAGGUACACCAAAAAUGGGACAAGACCUGUACCUUCCUUUGGAAGAUAACACUUGGAGAGUAGUUAUCGGUUUGAUCGUUAUACUUCUGACAGUUUAUGACAUUGGAAAACAUGCCCAUGCAACCAAAAAGCUUCAAAAAUCCAAAAGAAACUGGACAAAUUGGAGAAUAAAUCAACUAGAAGAUGACAUAAAAUACUGUCAUCCACGAUGGCCGCAAGAAAAGAAAUAUAUUGAAUACGAAAUCACCCGAGUUAAAGCCUUACCCCAAUACAAUGAACUUGGCCCUUGGUUCUACCUGGAUUGGAUAAUCUUGAUUUUAAUCAUCGCAAGCAUUGCCGCACAUUUCGUAUUCUUGUAUGCCGAUUCGGUUGUUUCCCGACAGGUUUACAUUCGUAUCCUAGGAAUCAUGAAUUUGCUAGUCUGGCUGCGUUUACUAAAAUACGUCCGUCCCUUUCCUGGCUUGGGAACUCUUGUUAUUAUCCUGGGCGAAACGAGUGGUGAUUUUCUUAACUGGGCUUUUCUAUUCUUUUUACUCCUAAUUCCAUUCUCUGCUGCCUUCUGGAUAAAUUUUGGAGCCAUAUCCAUCCAUCCAGUUCAUGGCUAUCAUCAUGUGGCCGAGCUCUUGUACACCGUUUUCCAAAUAGCUGUAGGAGAUGAGUUUAAUCUUAAAGGCAUUGUUGAAGCGGAUGCGGUGAUGGCAAGGAUCCUUGUAGCACUCUACGUCACUGCGGUUACCAUCGUUACGUUGAACCUAUUGAUUGCCUUACUAACCGACACCUUUUCAAGAGUUUAUGCUAACGCUGUUGCAAAUACAAUCAUGCAGAGAGCAAUUAAGGUAGUUGAGGCAGAACGAAUGCUUUCGGCAAAAAAUAAACGAAAAUACAAAGAGUAUAUGAAGACCAAUUGCAGUCCAGAAGUUGUGAAGAUGUCCCUAGACAAAGAUAUCGAGUCGUCCUCCGAGAAAGCAGGCGUGGAUAUGAUUUCGGAUGUGCGUGUCAUGAAAGAAGUUAUUGAUGAUCGUUUUUUUAAACGUUAUGGGCAAACCACAUCAGAUUUCGAUAGUGUCAUUGAAAGUGUCAAAACAAUUCGAAAUAAACAAAAUGACGUAACAAAUGACAUCUUGGAAAUCAAGAAAUUAGUUAACAAAUUAACAGGAAGUCAGGAAAGUCGUCUUUCAACUAGUGAAUCCAGGAGAAGACCAGAAGGAAGCAGAGCUAACUCUUUCUUUAAAUUGCUCUCGCCUAAAAAGGAAGUUGAUGGGCAAAAAUCAUCCAAGACACGAGAAAGAAAACGGUCCGAAAAGAGUGAAAGAGAUAAUAAAAGAAAAUCCAGGUACCAAUCAAAAAGUAAACGAAACGAGCGACAUAAGAGGAAGAAGCAAGAGGAACAGAGUGAUACUGAACAAAGAAAUAUCUCUUUAGUGUUGGACAACAAAGGUUAUACAAAAGACCGUGAGACACGGUCUGAUGACGACGAAAUAAGUUUGUAAAUUUCUAUUGAUAAAAAUAUUUAGCACAUUUAUCAUAGUAACGGUUUAUCCGGUUUGUUUCUCAUCGUUGCAAAAUCAUUAGGUUCGUUGCAUUCAGUUUUGGGUGCGAAAGCCGAAA